GAGAAGAAAGGGAGGCGGGGAAGAAGAGGACACAGAGUGGGAGCGAGGGGUGAGCAGAGAGGCUGCCCUGGUCGGAGAAGUGGAGAAGAGCUUAAAGUUCCUCAAAACUUUACCCGGCGGAGGCAGAGGAGGGGAUCGCGGCGAACCUGGGGCUGGAGCCGACGAGGAGGAGCCGCCACGGCACUCGCAGGAGCCAGGCAACAGGCUGGGACGACUCUGCCUCCCAAUUGGCUGGGGAGAUCAGCGUGUGUCGGAGGGGAGGGCCAGGCAGGCGACUCGCCGCCUUUCCUUCCCCAGCUCCCUGGAGGAAGCCCUGGGCGUGACGUGCGUGGCUCGGAGGGGGGCCCGGUGCAAGCUCCCCCCCUUCCCCAGGCAGGCAGGGGGAGGAGUGAGGCGGGCAGAGCCGGGGAGCGGGGCUGUGAGCGCUCAGAGAGCCGGGGGACUGGCGGGAGCUGCUGCCGCACCUGGUGCGUUGUGACAGGGCAGGGCUCCAGCGCGGCGCCGCGUCCCGCCGCGGGGCUCUGGGUUGGCUGCAGCUCUCCAGCGCGGCUCCCCGCUCUCCCUCCUGCGCUUGCCGGGCCGGCGGGUGGCAGCGGCGGCGGCGGCUCUGUCCCGGCCCCCAUGGCUUCAGCCGGCAGCGGGAUGGAGGAGGUGCGCGUAUCGGUGCUGACCCCGCUCAAGCUGGUGGGGCUGAUGUGCAUCUUCCUGUCGCUGUGCCUGGAUCUGGGAGCCGUGCUGAGCCCGGCCUGGGUCACGGCCGACCACCAGUAUUACCUAUCCCUGUGGGAGUCCUGCCGCAAGCCCGGCAACUUGGACAGCUGGCUCUGCGAGUCCACCCUACACAGCGACUGGCAGAUAGCGACUCUCGCUUUGCUUCUGGGCGGUGCUACCAUCAUUCUCAUAGCUUUCCUGAUUGGUUUGAUCUCGAUCUGUGUGGGUUCGCGAAGGCGGUUCUACAGACCACUCGCAGUCAUGCUCUUUGCAGCAGUUGUUCUUCAGGCGUGCAGCCUAGUCCUUUAUCCAGUCAAGUUCAUCGAGACAGUCAACUUGAAAAUAUACCAUGAGUUCAAUUGGGGCUAUGGCCUGGCUUGGGGUGCAACUAUAUUUUCAUUUGGGGGUGCCCUCCUUUAUUGCCUGAACCCUAAGAUCUAUGAAGACUACUACUAGUACCACUUUAGUUUGAGAAAAAGAAAAGAAAAGAAAUAACAAAAGGAUUACUCCAUCUUUUCUAACUCGCUAUUUUUUAGAAUAUUCAUGGAGCACCAAGCAGUCUGCUCUGUUGAUUUAAUAGCCUUUGCCUUUUGGCUGCAAAUACUGUAACUAGCUUUUACAUCCAUUUAAGAGAACUGCGAAAAUUAAGAUUGCUGAGCUUACACAGGCAAACGUUGGAAGCCGCUGAUACGUUAAUGUCAUUUUUCUUGACAACAAGCAAAGGAUCUACAUCCAGCGAUCAUUGUGAGAGACGUUGCUGGAAUGAAAAUGCAGUGCCUGCUUCUGCCAUGGCCUGCAGGGGAGCAGCGGGCAUAAGCUCCAUUUAGAAGUUUCCUUAUCAUGGCAGAUUCAGAUGUCAUGAUAGCAGGUGGUGCCAUCUUACAUCAAUAAGUGGUGUUGGUCCCUGGUCACUUGCUAGAAAAAGCUCUUGAGGAAUUAGUUGCAAGUGACCAUGUGUUGGGGGCAAAGAAUGUAAAUGAUCAAUGACUUUCCUAAUGUCUGCAUUGGAUAGUCUGCU